AUGGAUGUGUUUGGUGGUGCCCCCCGUGUGUUGGGCUAUCCCCGCCCUGUUCUGGUGAAGACUGGUAUGGAUGCUGUCCUUAAGUGCCAAAUUGGUGGAGACCCACAGCCAGAUGUAAUCUGGGAGCGCAAGAAUGAGCCAAUAAUUCCCGAAGAUCGUUAUAGGAUUGCCCAAGAUGGCAAGGUCUAUACCCUCACUAUUUCUGGGGUGACAAUGGAUGAUGCUGGACAGUACAUUUGUCGGGCCAAGAACAGCGUUGGGGAGACUUAUGCAGCAGCUACUCUGAAAGUGGAAGAUGAGAGUCAGGAGAAUCACCUUGAACAACAGCAAAGUCAGCAUGAAGUAAUGGUGAUACCGCCACAACAAGAAGCAAAGGCGAUUCAGCAGCAGACACAACAGGAACUGGAUCCCCUGCAGGACAACAAACCUCGUUUUCUAAUCAAGCCACUUUCGUUGAGGGUGGACAGAGGAGAAGAUGCAGCCUUCUCCUGCAAACUGUGGGGCGACCCCUUACCCGAGGUGGUUUGGGAAAAAGACGGCAAACGCCUGAACGAGAUCUUUGAGAGCGCCCACUUCCGUGUCAGUCAGCAGGACGGCGGCUGGUUCCAGCUGAAGGUCUUCCGCACCAGGGCCCCUGAUGGUGGCGUCUACACCUGUAAGGCCACCAGUGAGCAUGGUGAGGCCAUAGCUGGCGCAGUAUUGCUAGUCGAGCCUGUACCGGAGCAACGGGCGGAGAGUACGCAGAAUGGAUACACCAAUGGCCACUGGUCACCGCACCAGAGCAGAGACAAGUACCCCAAGGCGAAACACGUCAAGGACCCACACCUGAAUGUGGCCAAGGCCAAGAAGUUUGCCGUCACGGAGGGGAAACACGCCAAGUUCCGGUGCUACGUCACUGGGAAGCCCAAGCCAGAAAUUGUCUGGAAGAAAGAUGGCGAGCCCAUUACGGCAGGCAGGCGUCACCUGAUUUUUGAGGACCGGGAAGGUUAUUACACUCUGAAGGUGCUUUACUGCAAGCAGCAGGAUUCUGGGCUGUAUGUCUGUGCAGCCUCAAAUGCACUGGGAAACACACUAAGUGCAGUGCAUCUCUCUGUAAAAGGCCCAGCGGUGCGGUUCAGACGUCCCCUGAAGGACGUAGAGGUGGCGGAGCGGAGCAUGGCUGUGCUGGAGUGUGAAGUUCCAGAAGAGUCCAUAUCCACAGCAUGGUACCUGGAGGACCAAAGGCUCCAGCCUGGCACAAAAUACGGGAUGGAGCAGAAAGGGACGACGCGGAGGCUCACCAUCCGAGACAUCACGGCAGAUGAUGACGGAGUCUACUUGUGUGAGAUGCCGGACGGUGGGAAGAGCGUCGCAGAGCUGGCAGUGAAAGGUACGAUCGUCCGUAAGCUGCCUCGGCGGUUGGAGGUGCUGGAAGGGGAGAACGCUGCGUUCUGUGUGGAGGUGGAGGAGGACGAGAUGGAUGUUCGCUGGUAUAAAGAUGGCAUGCAGUUACGAGAGACCCAUCAGACCGUUAUCAAAUCGUUUGGCAAAACCCACAUCCUGGUGUUCGUGAACACCUCUUAUCAAGACUCUGGACUCAUCACCUUUGUUGCAGGCAGGUCCAAAACCACCUGCAAGCUUCGCGUUAAGGCUGCCAGGCACUGCCCUCCAAUCUGCCCCGUUGGUGUCCAGAUGAAUACGGAUUGCCCAAACUCCGUCUUCUUAUCCUGGGAACCCUCGCCCAACCUACAGAACUCGACCAAAUCCAUUUACGUGGUUGAGCGACAGGAGGUGGGUUCACAAGAGUGGCAGAGGUGUCUGACCACAGAGACGGGUACAUCGGCCGAGAUCACGGGAGACACUGUGCCAUGUGAGGGCGACUAUCGUUUCCGCAUCUGCUGCGUCAACAAAUACGGCAGGAGUGGCCAUGUGGAGUUCCCCAAAGUGGUUCACCUGACCUCAGGCCCCAAAAUUAAAACGCCCUUGAAGAAUGUGUCAGUGAUGGAGGGAGAGGACGCAGUGUUUUCUCUCGAGCUCUCCACCUCUAUGGUCGGCACUUGGUUCCUUAACAGCACGCAGCUCCAGGACAGCGAACGGUUCUCCAUCCGCCACUCAAAGAACCACCACUCCCUGCGCAUCCAGCGCGUGAGUGACGUCUACGACGGAGCUGAGAUCACUUUCAUAGCCACCGGAGUGCGCGAUGCCGCGCUCCUCCAGGUCAAAGCUGCUGUGGUGAAAUUCUCCCCUCUCUCCAAGAUGGACAGUAAUAAAAAAGUUGAAGCUGGAAACCCAAUUGUCCUGUACUGUGAGGUCUCCCAUUCCUCUGCCAAAGUUCAAUGGUUGAAAGAUGGGGUGGAGCUUCAGGCAGAGAACGGCUUGAGUAUCCAAUCAGAGGGCAACAUGAGGAGAAUCGUCAUCCACAAUGCAGAAUAUUCCCAUUCUGGAGUAUACACCUGCCAGGCCAGUGGAGAUGUCCUUACAUUUAACGUGGACGUCGAAGGUCCACCGGUGUCGUUUAAGGAAAUUCCUGAGGAAGACCGCAGAAAGAGCACCAUGGAGCUGGACCCUGUGGUGCUUCACUGUGAGGUCUCCCGACCGGACGCAGACGCCCACUGGUUUAAAGACGGAGCUGAGAUCCUGCCCAGUGACCAAGUGACUAUCCAGGCAGAAGGGACCAUGAGGCGAUUGAUCGUCCGGUCGGCGGAAUUGACGGAUGCAGGAACGUACACGUGCCAAUCAGGGGACAGCACAAUGUCUUUCACUGUCAGCAUCAAAGAACCUCCAGUAAUGAUCGUGGAUCCAAAAGAUGACGUUCACCUUGAGCGUUACGUCUCAGAGGAGGUUGUCCUGAACUGCGAGCUGUCCCGCUCCAACGGAGAAGCUCUUUGGUUCAGAAAUGGUCUGAAGAUUCAGGAGAGCGAGAACAUCCGCAUCAGCGCUGAGGGACCCUACAGGAGGCUGACCAUCCUCUGUGCUUCUAAGAGAGACUCUGGAGAGUACGUGUGCGAAACAACCGGGGACUCGGUUUUCUUUCAGCUCCAUGUCACAGAGGCUCCAGUUCGCUUUGUGGUCCCCGACCAAUCAGAAGUGGAGGUGUGUACGCUGAGUUCUGAUAGGCUGGUCCUAAAGUGUGAGAUCUCGCGGGCCGAGGCAGAGGUGGUGUGGUAUCGUGAUGGGCUGGAGGUGGAGGAGGCUGACGGCAUUGUCCUGGAAACGGAGGGUGCUUGUCGUAGGUUGGUCAUUCCCUGUGCCACCUUGGAGGACUCUGGUGAAUACGUUUGCGAGACAGCUGAUGAUUCUGUGACCUUCUGGGUGAAAAUUGAAGAGCCACCUGUGAAACUCUCACAAUCUAAAAUGACAGGCAGCGUGACUGAAAGGUUUGCAGGGGACGCUGUGGUGUUGGAGUGCGAGGUUUCCCGCGUAAAUGCCGAGGUGUGCUGGAUGAAGGACAGAGUGAAACUUCAACAGGACAGCAACAUCACCAUCACUGAGGACGGCCUGGUCCGCAAAAUAACCAUCCAUUCUCCCACGCUGGAGGAUUCUGGGAAAUAUACCUGCAAUGCUGGGGAUGAUGCGAUAGACUUCCAAGUCAAAAUCAGUGAGGCGCCCGUGAAAAUCCUGAAGAAAAACGAGACAAAGACAGACCACAAGGCUUUCAUUUCUGAUGACAUUGUGUUGGAGUGUGAGCUCUCCAGAUGCAAUGGGGAGGUCACCUGGUACAAAGACGGUGAACGGAUUGAGGAGAACGAACGUUUCUGUUUAGAGGAGGAGGGAGCUUUCCGAUCUCUGGUCAUUCUCAACGCUGAGCUUGAAGACUCAGGAGAAUAUAUGCUUGACGCUAAGGACGACAGUAUCACAUUCCAUGUCAAAGUUCAAGAGCCUCCCGUGACAAUCCUGGGCAACUCUGAUGACGCCGAGUACCAGGAAAUGGUGGCAGGAGAUGACCUCAUUUUAGCAUGCGAAGUGUCACGAGCAAAUGCGCCAGUGGAGUGGUAUCUUAACCAUAAACGAUUGGUCCCAGACUCACGGACGUACGUGGAGAGCUACGGAACACUACGGAAACUGAUCGUAUCCGAUGUCCAACCAUCUGACUCAGGAAAGUACGUGUGCGAUGCCAUAGACGACAAAAUGGUCAUUGUCGUCAAAGUUCAAGUGCCUCGUGUGGUAGAGUUCCUUACAGAGCUUCAUAACACCACGGUCCUGGAGGGCGAAGACGCCACGUUCAAGUGUGUCGUCUCCCCCGACAACGUCCAGCUGGCGUGGCUGAUGGACGGAGAGACCAUCACCCCCAGCGAGCGUUUUGAAAUCUCUCAAAACGGCCUGUGUCACACCCUGCUCAUCCGUAACUGUCAGAUCCUGGACACGUCCAGGAUUUCUGCCGAUGCCGAGGGCGUGAUCUCCAAAGCCUGCCUCAAAGUCCAGGAGGCACAGGUGGUGUUCACCAAGAAGAUGGACGCGGUGAUGGCAGAGGAGUUUGGAGAGGCCACGCUGGAGACUGAAGUGAGUCUGGAGUCCGGGGAGGUCCAGUGGAUGCGACAGGGCGUGGUCAUCCAGCCCGGUCCCAGGUACAUACUGGGACAGAGCGGCCGCAAGCGUAGCCUGACCAUCCGGGACCUCGGCCUGUCGGACCGUGGCACUUACCGCUGCGAGACGCUUCAUGACCGAACACAGGUCAAACUCAACGUGGAGCCGAGGAAGAUCUCCAUCCGUAAAGGACUCAAAGACAUCGAAACGUUCGAGCGUGACACGGCGUCGUUUGAGGUGGAGCUGUCCCACGCUGACGUGGAGGGUGUGUGGCAGAAGGACGGUAUCCGUGUGAAACCCAGCAACACUUGGCGCGUCAGCACCAACGGGUGCACUCACAGCCUCACCCUCUCCAACCUCACUCUGGAGGACACAGGCACCAUCACCUUCUCAGCGGAGGGCCUGAGAACUACUGCCCGACUGACGGUGAAAGAGACUCCAGUAACGAUCCUGAGGAAACUCUCAGACGUCAGGUUGGAGGAGGGCUCUCAGGUGACCCUGGAGUGCGAACUGUCCAGACCAAAUGUUGAUGUGAAAUGGCUCAAGAACGGCCUGGAACUGAAGGCGGAUAAGGGCAUGAGGAUCUACUCCAUGGGCCGUCGGCGCUUCCUGCAGAUAAUGCAGUGUUCGCUCUCUGACUCCGGCACCUACACCUGUGACACUGGUGACAUCAGCACGACCUGCAAACUCGAGGUCUAUGAGCGGGAGCUGGAGAUUCUGACAGGUCUAGAGGAUCUAUAUAUUCAGGAGGACCAGAACGCUGUGUUUAUGUGUGAAGUGUCUAUGGAGGAUGUUCCUGGAGACUGGUACAAGGAUGGCCACAGGAUCCGUCCCAGUAGCACCAUUAAGAUACGAAGAGAAGGAACAAAACACUUUCUUCUGAUGUGCAAUGUGAAAGCUGAGGAUUCUGGAGAGAUCAAAUUUGUGGCUAAGCAAGUCGAAUCUAUCGCCUACCUCGAGGUCGAAGAACUCCCGGCCUCCAUUGUUAGGCCGCUGAGGGACAGGACAGCCCUGGAGAAGCAUCGGGUUAUUCUGGAAUGUACCGUGUCCAGCCCACGCUGUGACGUUACCUGGUACCGUGAUGGAGAGGAGCUGGAUACCUCAGACCGCAUGGAGAUCAUCAGUGAAGGCUGUUAUCACAAACUAGUCAUCCACCAGGUGGCGCUAGAGGACGAGGGGACUUACAGCAUUGAAGUGGGAGAGCAUGUUUCCACAGCCAAGCUUAUGGUGGAAGCCCAGUCUAUCAUGAUAGUCAGAGAACUGGAGGACGUGAGGGCGACGGCACCAGGCCACGCCUCUUUCGAAUGUGAGGUGUCAGUGCCUCUGAUCAAACCUCCUGUCUGGACCCUGAACGGAGAGACUCUUCAGCCGGGACCCGACGUACGUGUGGAGAGCCAAGGGAUUGUGCACAAACUGACUCUGAAGAGGACGUCGGUGGACAUGAGUGGAACCGUGAAGUUCACCUGUGGGAAAGCCAAGAGCUCUGCCACCCUGAGCAGAUGA